AAAACAUUUCCCUACUCUUCUCUUAACCAAAAACCCUAGUCUCUCACUUCCCUCAAACACACACAAACACCUCAACCUAAAAUGGCAGCAGCAGCCGCCGCCGCCCGUCCUUUAGUCACCGUACAAUCGCUCCCAUCUCAAAAUGACAUGGCCACAGACGCCGUCACCACCGUUCCCCUCCCUGAUUCAAUGAAAGCCUCACUCAGACCAGACAUCGUGAGCUUCGUUCAUGCUCAAAUGUCCAAAAACAGCCGCCAGCCCUACGCUGUCUCCAAACGCGCCGGCCACCAGACCUCCGCCGAGUCCUGGGGUACAGGACGUGCUGUCUCUCGUAUCCCUCGUGUUCCAGGUGGCGGUACUCACCGUGCCGGUCAGGGUGCUUUUGGUAACAUGUGUCGUGGUGGACGCAUGUUUGCUCCCACUAAGAUCUGGCGGAGAUGGCACCGCAAGAUCAACGUGAACCAAAAGAGAUACGCUCUUGUAUCUGCAAUUGCUGCAUCUGCUAUUCCUUCACUUGUUAUGGCACGUGGCCAUAAAGUUGAAUCUGUUCCUGAGAUGCCUUUGGUUAUCUCCGAUUCUGCUGAGAGCAUCGAGAAGACAUCUACUGCACUUAAGGUCUUAAAAGAGAUCGGCGCUUAUCCUGAUGUCGAGAAAGCUAAGGACAGUCACGCGAUCCGUCCCGGGAAGGGUAAAAUGAGGAACCGCAGAUAUAUAUCUCGUAAGGGUCCAUUGAUUGUGUAUGGAAGUGAAGGUGCUAAGCUUGUGAAGGCAUUCAGGAACAUUCCCGGUGUUGAGGUUGCUAACGUUGAGCGCCUUAAUUUGUUGAAGCUUGCACCUGGUGGUCACUUGGGUCGUUUUGUGAUAUGGACAAAAUCAGCUUUUGAGAAGUUGGAUUCAAUCUAUGGAUCGUUCCAGAAGAGUUCUGAGAAGAAGAAGGGGUAUGUCUUGCCUAGGUCUAAGAUGGUGAAUGCUGAUAUUUCCAGGAUUAUUAAUUCUGAUGAAGUUCAGUCAGUUGUUAAUCCUAUUAAGAAGGAGGUGAAUAGGGCUCCAUUAAAGAAGAAUCCUCUGAAGAACUUAAAUGUUAUGUUGAAGCUUAACCCAUAUGCUAAGGCUGCUAGGAGGAUGUCUCUUUUGGCUGAGGCUCAGCGUGUGAAGGCUAAGAAGGAGAAGUUGGACAAGAAGAGGAAGACUGUCACUAAGGAGGAGGCUGCUGCAAUCAGGGCUGCAGGCAAGGCAUGGUAUCAGACUAUGAUCUCAGAUAGUGACUACACUGAAUUCGAGAAUUUCUCAAAGUGGCUUAAUGUUUCUCAGUAAUCUAGUUUUCUUCAUUCCAAAUUCUCUUGGACAAGAUUUUGUUUAUCUGUUUUGUUUUGAUAGCGACUUAUUGUUUGUUUUGGGAUUGGACAUGGAUGAGGAUGGGCAGGAAGGAAAAGAUUGGAGUGGAUGCGUUUUAAAUUUAUCAUUUUCCUUCCUGCUCUUUUUUCUUGUUUUGUUAGCUCAAAGAAUUUUAUUUAAGACAGUUACUGAAGUUAAAUAUUCUAUUAUUUUCA